ACGUCGACUAACAUCAACAUGCAGCUUCAAGAAUAGAAACACGCAACUCCCAGCCUUGCUUGGCCUUGCUGUUGUCCCGUCACAUCACAGCCCUUUGUUCGUCUCACACUGAGCCUGGUGCCUUAUAAAAGAAGCAAAGAGAUCCGCCUCUUUUGAAGCUCCUCUUCGUGGCUCUGCUUCUUGUGCAUCUCACAUUCACUUCCUGAGGCCGCAUCUCAUUCAGCUUUACCCCACCAUCUUGCAGCCCAUCGUCUCAUCCAACUUCUCACCACAACAGCACCUGCAUCUGCAAGAGAGAACACUUCCCUCUUAAAAAGUAAACCUACCAUAUUAAAUCAAAUCAAAUCCCCCCAAAGAAAGACCAUCAUGGCCGACAAAGACCGCAUCACCUGCCACGUCCUCGACACCACCGCCGGCCGCCCCGCAAAGGGCAUCCGCGUCCGCCUCGAAGGCCCCGUCCCCAGCUCACCCAACGCCCACACUCUCGUCAACACCUUCGAGUCCCUCACCAACGACGACGGCCGCAUCACCGUCUGGCUGCCCUACAGCUCAGAGUCCUCUGCCGGCGAGGUGCCCGUCUACACCCUCGAGGACGUCCUGGGCGCCGUCAAGGGGCCUUCUCGGUGGACGCUGCGCUUCGACACUGCCGGCUACUUUGGCGAGGAAAACACAUUCUUCCCGGAGGCCACCAUUGUGUUUCGCGUUGAAGAGGGCCAGCAUUACCAUGUGCCGCUGCUGUUGAGUCCGUACAGCUAUACGACUUACCGAGGAAGCUAAAGGGGGCAUAGGAGGACAACGCGGCUUCACAGCCACAGUCGUUUCAGUUUCAGAGUCAGAGUCAGUAUGGAGAGAUACAUAUGACAACAAUGAUAAUGAAAGCGUGCUAGUCGUGGCAAUGUCAACACUGUCACUCUUUUAUUACACAUCAGCUACUGCAGUUCUUUAUGUGCCGUGUCGUUAUUUCACAAAACAGAUUCCCAAGCAAUGUACUUGUUGCCAAGUUAAAGACAGAUCCCUUCUCUUGAAGGAAAAGCCAAUAGUAAUACCCGUGAUUACGAGACAAAGGCCGUGUCGUCCGUCUGUUGUCCGGUUCCCAAUUUCAAGUCCGCCCCAAAACGCCGUCGCUUAUAGAUUAAGAAGGUGAGAGAUAUGCUGUAAGUCAAGUCACAAAAGAGAGUCGUAAAUUCGUUCCGUCUUUUUU